AUGCCAUGUACAAAUCUAUCCCGGGUAUUCUACGCUGAAGUUCGUCGUAUAGAAUCUGCCAUUGACCGUUGUGGUGGUUGCGGUGGUGGUGGUGGUGGUGAUGGUUGUGGUGGCGGUGGCGGUGGCGGUGGUGGUGGAGUAGGUGGUGUUGGUGGUGGUGGUGGUGGAGGAGGUGGGAGUGGUGGUGGUGGUGAAGGUGGUGGUGGUUGCGGUGGUGGUGGUGUUGGUGAUGGUUGUGGUGCCGGUGGUGGUGGCUGUGGUGGUGGUGUUGGUGGUGAAGCAAAUGGCACCGUAAAGGAAUUAGUGUUUCCUAAAGCAUUAGACCUAGACCGCCCAAAGCGGGCUCGAACAACAUUCUCGCCGUAUCAACUUUUUGAACUGGAGAGAGAAUUCCAGCGGAACCAGUAUCUUGUUGGCAAGGAUAGAUCAGAACUUGCAAAACGACUCAGGUUAUCAAAAACUCAGGUAGUGCAGCAUUAA